AUGUUGUCUGAAUUGGGUAGGAGGCCGGUGAUUGGUGGGAAUGAGGGUUCAUUUGGAGAUGAAUUUGAGAAGGAAAUAGGGAUGUUGCUUCGUGAUCAAAGACGGCAUGAGGUUGAUGAUCAUGAACCUGAACCUGAACUUAAUUUGUAUAGGAGUGGAUCAGCUCCUCCAACUGUGGAUGGUUCUUUGAAUGCAGUUGGUGGGUUAUUUGGAAGCGGGUUGACUGGGGCGGCUGGGAUUACGGAGUUUAGUGGGAAUGGUUUUGGUUCUGAGGAAGAGCUUAGGUCUGAUCCAGCUUAUCUUUCGUAUUAUUACUCUAAUGUGAAUUUGAAUCCUAGACUUCCGCCUCCUUUGCUAUCAAAGGAGGAUUGGAGGUUUUCACAGAGAUUAAAAGGCGGAGCUUCUGUAAUUGGUGGGAUUGGGGAUAGGAGGAAAGUUAAUGGGGCUGAUGAUAAUGGUGGUAGGUCGGUGUAUGCUACGCCUCCGGGUUUUAACAAUAGGAAAAGAGAGAGUGAGGUGGUGGUUGAUGAAAAAGCUAGAGGUUCUGCUGAGUGGGGUGGGGAUGGACUCAUUGGUUUGCCAGGACCAGGCCUUGGAAGCAAACAAAAGAGCCUUGCAGAAAUUUUUCAGGAUGACUUGGGACGCAACUCCUCUGUCACAGGCUUUCCUUCUCGUCCAGCCAGUCGUAAUGCAUUUGAUGAAAGUGCUGAGAUUGCAUCGUCUGCUGAAGCAGAGCUGGCUCAUUUGCGCCACGGUUCCUCGGCCACUGAUGGUGUGAGGUCUGGAUCAAAUGUUCAAGGGUCACCUGUAUCCCAAAAUGUUGGCACACAAGCUUCAUAUUCUUAUGCUGCUGCACUUGGUGGCUCUUCUCUGUCACGAAGCACUACUCCUGAUCCACAACACAUUGCUAGGGCUCCCAGUCCUUGCCCCACGCCUAUUGGUAGUGGAAGAGUUGCUGCUGCUGAGAAGAGAGGUAUUACCAGUCCUGAAGCAUUUAAUGAUGUUUCAUCUGGCGUCAAAAAUGGGUCUGCAGAUAUUGUCUCAGCAAUGUCUGGCAUGAAAUUGUCCGCAGACGGUGUGUUGGAUGGUGAUAACCAUUUCCCAUCCCAGGUUGAGUCUGAUGUUAAUAAUUAUGCAAGAUAUCUUUUUGGUAUGCCAGGCGGUCAGGAUCAUGGCAAGCAACAAGCAUAUUUAAAGAAGUCUGAAUCGGGACACUUACAGAAAAUAGCUCACUCUGAUUCAGUUAAGAGAAGCAGUAGCAGGGCAGACAUGAAAAGUCCAUCCUUGGAUAGGCAGGCAGAGCAUCAAAUGUCUGCUGUUUCUCCCAAUAACUCGUAUUUCAAUGGAUCUCCUAGCUCUCCUUAUAGUGGUGGAGGUGGCUUGCCUGCACAGUACCAGCCUUCAGACGGUACCAAUUCAUCAUUUAAUAACUAUGGCCUGAGUGGGUAUGGUGGAAAUCCAGCUUUGGCAUCUUUCAUGGCUAACCAACUUGGAACUGGUAACUUGCCACCUCUGUUUGAGAAUGUUGCUGCAGCAUCAGCAAUGGCAUCCCCUGGAAUGGACUCAAGAAUCCUUGGAGGUGGUUUUCCUUCUGGAGUUUCUUCUCCAUCUGAUGUGCAUGUUCUAAGUAGAAUGGGAAAUCAAACUGCAGGCGGUGGUCUUCAGGCUUCUUAUGUUGACCCAAUGUAUCUUCAGUACAUGAGGUCCCCCGAGUAUGCUGCUGCACAACUUGGUGCUCUUAAUGACCCAGCUGCAGACAGGAAUUACUUGGGAAACUCAUACAUGAAUUUACUUGAGCUUCAGAAAGCUUAUCUUGGAUCUCUGAUUUCACCCCAGAAGUCACAAUACAAUGUUCCACUUGGUGGUAAAUCCGGCGGUUCCAACCAUCAUGGUUAUUAUGGAAAUCCUGCGUAUGGUGUUGGUUUGUCUUAUCCAGGAAGUCCAAUGGCAAACUCUUUAUCCAAUUCUCCAGUUGGGUCUGGCAGUCCUAUUAGGCAUAAUGACCUAAAUAUGCAUUUUGCUUCUGGAAUGAGGAACGUAGCUGGGGUUAUGGCACCAUGGCACCUAGAUUCUGGAAACGUGGAUGAGAAUUUCGCUUCAUCUCUGUUGGAAGAGUUUAAAAGCAAUAAAACUAAGUGUUUUGAGCUUUCUGAAAUAUCUGGCCAUGUUGUUGAAUUCAGUGCUGAUCAAUAUGGGAGCCGUUUUAUUCAACAAAAGCUUGAAACAGCUACUACUGAAGAAAAGAAUAUGGUUUAUCAGGAAAUCACUCCACAUGCUCUUGCUUUGAUGACUGAUGUCUUUGGUAAUUAUGUGGUUCAGAAGUUUUUUGAGCACGGCCUUGCAUCCCAAAGAAGAGAGUUAGCAAACAAGCUUUAUGGCCACGUUCUGACACUUAGCCUUCAAAUGUAUGGUUGUCGAGUCAUCCAGAAGGCCAUAGAAGUUGUUGAUCUGGACCAGAAGAUUAAAAUGGUUCAAGAGCUUGAUGGUAAUAUCAUGCGCUGUGUACGAGAUCAGAAUGGCAACCAUGUCAUUCAGAAAUGUAUCGAAUGCGUACCUGAGGAUGCAAUCAACUUUAUUGUCUCAACUUUUUUUGAUCAAGUUGUGACAUUAUCAACCCAUCCAUAUGGUUGCCGGGUGAUACAGAGAGUACUGGAGCACUGUGAAGAUCCUAGCACACAGCAAAAAGUUAUGGAUGAGAUUUUAGGAGCAGUUAGCAUGUUAGCCCAGGAUCAGUAUGGCAACUAUGUUGUCCAGCAUGUCCUUGAGCAUGGUAAACCGCACGAGCGUUCUACAAUUAUCAAGGAAUUAGCAGGCAAUAUAGUUCAAAUGAGCCAGCAAAAGUUUGCCUCUAAUGUUGUGGAGAAGUGUUUGACCUUUGGAGGUCCUUCUGAACGCCUAUUGCUUGUAAAUGAGAUGCUUGGCUCAACGGAUGAAAAUGAGCCUCUGCAGGCAAUGAUGAAAGAUCAGUUUGCUAAUUAUGUUGUACAGAAGGUGCUGGAGACUUGCGAUGACCAACAGCGCGAGCUAAUUCUUUCGCGAAUCAAAGUUCAUUUGAAUGCAUUGAAAAAGUACACCUACGGAAAGCAUAUCGUAGCCCGUGUAGAGAAACUUGUUGCUGCUGGAGAGAGGAGAAUUGCUGCUCAGUCUCCUCAUACUACUGCUUAG